AUGUGUUCGAAAUUCGUUUGUGCCGUACUCGUCGCUUCCUUCAUCUGCAGCGCUGCCGCCUUGCCCUCACAGCAACAGUUGGACAACAGCGAAAAGGAUAUUAUUGAUUUGAUCAACAGAGUCGACAGCACCGAAACGCUGCCACUUUUUGCUGGCUUGCGCGUUGAACGUACAGAAACUGGUCGUUCUUUUGGCGCCUCCGCAAAAAGCAUCGAAUCAGUCGACGAACGCGUCGAACGUUAUCUGGCCACACACGAACUGAACUUCGGUCUGCCCAAUGAUGAGGAUGAGGAGACGGAGAACGAAUACGCCGCACGCGCCAUGGAGGAAUCCCGCAGCAAGAAAAUGAAGAAGAUGCUCCUGCCGCUGCUCCUGAUCCUGAAGCUGAAGAAGGCUGUGCUCUGCAAGGUUGCUUUCAGCAUCAUCAAAUUCAUCUCGCUCAAGAGUUUGGCCAUCUCUAUUUUGGCUCUGAUCCUUGCUGGUGCCACAUUCUUCAAGGACUUGUUGGGCAAGAAGAAGGAACACAUCACCACCGCCUACAUCACCGGCAGCCCACUAAACGCCGAGAUCGUGCACUCCGACUGGAAUCGCAACGGCCAGGCUGCUGCCUCUGACUUAGCCUACAACCAAUACGGUUUGGCUCAACCUUUCUAAAUGUUGACAAAUGUGAAGCAAGCUAUUUGAUAAAGGCACAAUCCCAAGCCACUAGAAUAUUUCUAGCUAUAAUAUUUUCGAAUCUUCCUAUCCCUCUAUCGUCUUCCUCUAUCCUUUCUAUUUAAGUUAAUGCAAUGAAAGUUGAUCACUUUUACAUCAAUGCUAUAAUUUUCCAAUG